AUGAGACAGGAUGAUGAUGCAGAAUCGAUGACACCAGAAGAUGAAAACGAAGGAAACUUGAAGAUGGCAGUGGGUGCCACUAAUACCAGAAAAAUUAUGGUCUACUCGCGAAAAGUGUUCUCGGUGGUCUCUUGUAUUUUUCUGGCUUAUGCAUUAGGCAAUAUGACCCUUUUCAUCACUCCAGGAGUCCGAGAGUUCGUCCAACAGUAUCAUUUUCUCGUCUACCUUUGCACCCCACUUCCAUUAAUCUCAAAAAUUCUUAUAUCUGGCAUUGAACGCUUAUCACAUCCUCCUAAACUUCCUCUCCUGUAUCUGGUUUUCAUUCUUCAUCUUCUCGCAAUUUUUCUUUCUUUCACAUCGCUCUCCCUGUUUUUUGACACCGAAAUCGCCUAUUUUUCCUGUUUUAUCAUUUUUAUGAACUUAAUUUUACUUGUAUUCUACACUCUCCAGAAUUCAUCUGUUCUAUCUGCACCUCGAAUGUUUCUUUUAUUAAUUGUGAUAACUUCUGUAAACUCGGUUCUUCUGCCAACAUUCCUGUCCAUUUUCGUUUUUCCCUAUAUCCCAGUGAUUGUUAUAUCGUUACUCGUUACAUUUUAUAUCAACUUUAAUAUUUGUCACUUCACGAAUAGUCUCAGUUCUAGAGAUUGGCCGAUAGCUGCUGUGUGGAUAUUUAGUCGUUUACCACUGUGA